UCCGUAUCGUGUUGAAGUUGUUUGGUUUGUAACUGAUGUGAAUGUGAAAUGUGGUAAUAGUAGUGAGGCACUUGGCAAUUUAAACACAUGUAAAUAAAACUAAGAUGUUAAAUAUUCAUUAUUUUUCAAUAAAAUACGCUUUGGUGAGUGAUAAAUAAACAUCCCAAACAUGCUGGGUUUUGUGAAAGUGCGGGGUUUUCGGUAAAAGUUGUCCUGUUUUCUUCGUUUUGCCAAAGUUUUUAAACUGCUUCAUUGGAAUUCGUGCCAGGAAAUCCUUUUGAAUGCAGCUUACUACUAUGUCAUAUCUAAACUCCAGUCCGACGAUCAAGGAAACCAACGAAAAUGGUUACUCUUGGUAUUCAUGUGGUUGCUGUCCUUAUGGGUACCACAUCGAUCUGGAUUUCGUACGGUACUGCGAGUCCAUCAGCAAAGAACCAGAAAGUCGUACGGGAUCGAUUAAAAGAAGGAAAGAUAGAAGAAAACAGAGGCACUCGAUGGAAGUUUUACUGGGACUCAUUCCUCCUGUAACGGCAUCGGUUGAACAAACUUAUAAGACGAUUCAAGAGCAAACAACCCCAUCGCCGAAUUACUUGAGAAGUACUACAAAUAAAUUUCCGUUUCCAACUGAUGGCUUCGAUGAUGCUGUGUCCGAUUUCGAAAGGACCUUACAAAGAUCCAAGAAAAAAGUUUCCAGUAACCUACCAGAUGUUACCGCUGUUUCAGAACAUUCACGAAGGGUUGCUUCAGCUUCCGGCCAGACCAUGCCCGUCUUACCCACGACCCACGAUGAGGUUGCAAGACAUGAUUUUGACACCGUUACCAUCGAUUCAUACGGAAUGAGUCCUUUGGCUUUGCAAAAAAUUAGGGAGCAAAUGGCUUUGAGUCUGGAGCGAACCAAGCAGUUGGAGGACCAGAUUAAGACCAUGCACAAAUUAGAGGAGGAGUUGAACUUCCUGAAGGAUGAAAAUUGUAGGUUACGAAAUAGUUUGAAGUCAGAAAACGGAAAAAAUCAAACCACAAUAAAUGACAAUUAUAUCGAACAUUACAAACGACAACGGUCUCAAUCAUUCACAAACGUUAACAAUUUGGAGAUCUCAAUGCGAAAAGAAUCAUCUCCUCCACCUCCACCGCCACGAAAAGAUUUUGGAGUAAUGUGUGGGGUGUUGACAAGAAACAUAGGAGUAGGUAACCAGACGCCUAAUACAAAGAAUGUUUCUACGGCUACUUUUGAUAAUGAAUUCGCUGAUAAGUGGCUGCCAGAAAAGGUUAAAUUUCUUAACAAUCAAAACUUGAAGUCAUCUAGUAAAAUCACGGUAUCGAAAGAAACGCAAACUGUAGGACACAAGCCAAGCACAGAUAAGGGUGUUCAGUUCCAAACGAAGAGCCCUGCUGUGCCCAAGUUCAGCACCUACACGCAAACUACAGCAACUAAAAAACAACUAGUCGAUAAAGGUAUCUUAGCCACAGUCAAAGUAUCUCAUAUUUCUGUCCAGAAAUGUGUUGAAUGUUACUCUAUAGGCACUUCAAAUGAUACAGUAAAUGAUGUCAUUUGCGAAAAAUGUAAUGCUCAAAAAAGAUCUAUAGCAGUAGGUCCUGAAUCUAAUGAAGAUAGCCAUACAUCGCCCAUAUCCUUAGCGUCCCUUAAUUUGAGAAGCAAAUCGUUCAAUAUGGGUGAAGAUCGACUUAACCUCACCACUAAAACCCGCUCCAUAGCAUCACAAUACGAAUCCAAUAGCAUCAGCAGAGCUUGUCAGGCGAAACUUAAGAAGGAUUCUUCUACGAAAUCUUGCCAAGCUGAAACGAAAAUGACUGACAAAAACACACAGUACAUAAAUUACACUGUCUCAAGGCACACCGAUACCCAAGACUUUAUAUCACCAAAGAAAAACGUCAGUUGUGAAGCAGUUGAACAAAAACCGGAAACCAUUGAGGUGGCCUGUAAUACCGCGACUGAUUUGCUGACCUGUGUCAAAUGUGAGAAAGAAAAAGAAAAGGAGGCGCUGAAGAAAGACGGAGGCAGUCCCACUCCAUCUAGAAUACCGCGACCACAAAUUCCUACUACUCCCGUAGAAAAUAGGAAGUUUAGGAGACAAGAUACUUAUACUAAAGUAUAUUCACCAACUGAGAAAGCUACAUCACCUACUAGUCCAAGAUUGUCUGGUUUAGAUCUAUCACCUAAAGUCAUAUCAAACGAUUCAAAUCCCUUAGAUAAAGUUAAAAGUAACCUGAAACUAGUAGAACCAAUUCCACAUGCUCAAAAUGGUGUCAAUUUCUCAGCGCCUAUUACCAAAGUUCAAAUCCAAGAAAUUACACUGCCAACUUCAGAAUCUGUUUUCCAACCUAUUACACAAAAUCAAAAUAGAAAAAAAGUCAUGCCAACCAAGGAAAUGCAGGGCGCAAUGAAAGUCCUGAACGACCAUCUUAUGAAGAACCCUUCCAAAAACAUCAAGAACCCUACAGCUGAAAAUAUUAUUCAAACGGAAUGGUUCAAAAUAUCCAGCUCAGUAACAGCCAAUCCAUUAGAAGUGGAGGAUUACCUGGAUGCUUUCGAAGAUGUAUCCAGCUUGUUACUGGAAUACAUAGUAAACAUGAGUGAUUAUAGUGGGAACACAGCCAUGCAUUAUGCUGUUUCCCAUGGCAACUUUGAUGUCGUAUCCAUUUUGUUAGAUUCUAAAGUUUGUGAUAUCAAUAAACAAAAUAAGGCUGGAUAUACAAGUGUUAUGUUAGUUUCUUUGGCGGAAGUUAGAUCCCAAACACAUGCCAACGUUGUCCGAAGACUGUUUCAGUUAGCUGAUGUUAAUAUUAGAGCGAAAGAGCAUGGCCAAACAGCACUGAUGUUAGCAGUAAGUCACAAUAGGUUGAACAUGGUGAAGAUGUUGUUGGAAGCAGGUGCAGAUAUAAAUAUUCAGGACGAAGAUGGCAGUACGGCCUUAAUGUGUGGUGCUGAACACGGCCAUAUCGAAAUAGUUAAACAUUUCCUUUCCCAACCAGAUUGCAAUUCGACAAUUAUAGAUAUGGAUGGCAGCACAGCUCUAGCAAUAGCUAUGGAAGCUGGUCACCGACAUAUCGGAGUUCUGCUCUACGCUCAUGAGAGGAAUAGUCAAAAGUCUCAUAACGUGAAGUUAAAAAAAGCAAAAUCAACAAAUAGUCCGAAAACCCCUUCCUCACCACUGGCUGCAAGAAGUAGCCAUCGUGCCUUAACAGAUACGAAACCUAAAUAGUACUAACCCAUUUUUAACUGUGUUUUAACUUAAGGAGGUAAUGCGUGUUGUAUGUUCUGUUAACCAUUGUAAUCUAUUCAUAUACGAUGGUUCUAGAUUUUUGGCAUGUAAAAUGCAGAUUUGUUAACUCUCAUAAAGAGAGGGAACCUAGAGUUAUUCAUCCGAUCCAAACAACUCUAUCUAGAUAAGAAUGUUCUUAUGGAACGGAAAAGGAAUCUUAGAAAAGAAUCUUAGUCAAUAUAAUUCAAGAACCAAGUUUGUAGAUAUUAAUUUUGUUAUUGAAUUGUAUGUCCUACGCAGGUCAAAAAUCUAGGUAUUCAAUAAUCAAUAUUUAUGAUUCAACGAAGUGUAAGAACGAUUGAUUAAAUAGUUUUUGUAGUAUUUUGUACGAUAUGACUAUUGGACGGUAGCUAGUCCGUAUUAGAGUAGUAUAAUUGUUGAUAUUUUAUUAUUAAAAUUUAAAAUUUGAGACAUUUGUUACUGUAUUGUUAUGAUAUUCAUAGAUGAACGAUUAUUGUCAUAAUAUUAAAAAAAACCUUCUGUUAUAAACAUGAUUACACAGAAAUGGAUCCAAAUUAAGCUUCAGUGACAAAUGUAUCUGGAACAUUUGACCCAAAGAAGCAUUUGUAUUUCAAUUUGUAUUAUUGACUAGAAUGGAACAUCUACCUAUAAGUUUCCAGUUUGCCAGAGGCUUACUUGAUAAAAUUCAGAAGAAUAAAAUUUUGGUUUUUUAUUUUUUAACAGAUUAAGUGCCAGGCGUUUUUUCUAUAAAUUCAAAAUAUUUUAUUUGUCUACCCAAAUGUGACAAAACACUCGAAUGUUUGCUUGUAUCCACCUAAUUGUGUGUACAAUAAUGAUUUCUUAAUUAAAUUAGUGGGAAGACAUCUGUGGUUGAAAUCGAAAACUACAACCUGCAAUUAUAUUACAGACCCCUAUACUACGUAUUGACCUAAUGAAAUAG